GAAAGCUGGUGCUUUCUGGGUCUCUGAUUCUUCACAUGUGACCUGUUGUAUCCCCACCCCCACCCCAAACCAGUGUUCUAAGAACGGAAGAAUUUGGGCUGAAUGGAAGUUAGCAUCAAAGAAGUCCUCUUUCUGUUCAGAAAGUUGUAAAGUGCAUAAAGAUGAAGCAGGCACCAGAAAUCCUUGGCAAUACAAAUGGAAAGACUCAGAACUGUGAAGUGAAUCGUGAAUGUUCUGUGUUCCUCAGCAAAGCCCACCUCUCUACCAGUCUGCAGGAGGGGGUCAUGCAAAAGUUUAAUGGCCAUGAUGCACUUCCCUUUAUUCCAUCUGAGAAGCUGAAAGACCUAACUUCGCGUGUAUUUAAUGGAGAACCUGGUGCUCAUGAUGCCAGAUUACGUUUUGAGUCCCAGGAAGGGAAAGGACUUGGGACACCACCUAACACCACCCCUAUCAAAAAUGGCUCUCCGGAAAUUAAGCUGAAGAUCACCAAAACAUAUAUGAAUGGGAAACCUCUCUUUGAAUCUUCAAUUUGUGGUGACAGUGCUGCUGCUGUGUCCCAGUCAGAAGAAAAUGGACAAAAACCAGAAAAUAAGGCCAGAAGGAGCAGGAAGAGAAGCAUAAAAUAUGACUCCUUACUGGAGCAGGGUCUUGUUGAAGCAGCACUGGUGUCCAAGAUCUCAAGUCCCUCAGACAAAAAGAUUGCACCUAAGAAAGAGUCCUGUCCAAAUACCGGUAGAGACAAAGACCACCUAUUGAAAUAUAAUGUCGGUGAUUUGGUGUGGUCUAAAGUGUCCGGUUACCCCUGGUGGCCAUGCAUGGUUUCUGCUGAUCCACUCCUUCACAACUAUACCAAACUUAAAGGUCAGAAAAAGAGUGCACGCCAGUAUCACGUACAGUUCUUUGGUGAUGCCCCAGAAAGAGCUUGGAUAUUUGAGAAGAGCCUUGUAGCUUUUGAAGGAGAAGGACAGUUUGAAAAAUUAUGCCAGGAAAGUGCCAAGCAGGCACCCACGAAAGCUGAGAAAAUUAAGCUGUUGAAACCUAUUUCAGGGAAAUUGAGGGCCCAGUGGGAAAUGGGCAUCGUUCAAGCAGAAGAAGCUGCAAGCAUGUCAGUAGAGGAGCGGAAAGCUAAGUUCACUUUCCUCUAUGUGGGGGACCAGCUUCAUCUCAACCCUCACGUGGCUAAGGAGGCAAGCAUUGCUGUGGAGUCUUCGGGACAAAUGGUAGAAUCCUCAGGGGUCACUGAAAAAGCUGCUGAUAACCCCAAGUCCAUGAGAGAAGAGAGCAUUCCCAUCAAGAGAAGGCGAAGAGCCAAGCUGUCUGGUUCUGCCGAAAACCAAGAAAGUGAUCCUGGGACAGUAAAGAGUACUCCUCAGAAGAUGGCAGAGGCCGAUCCCAAGAGAGGGGUAGGGUCUCCUCCUGGAAGGAAGAAGACCACGGCCUCCACUCCACGAAACAGGAAGGGAGAUGCGGCAUCCCAGUUUUUGGUCUUCUGUCAGAAGCACAGGGAUGAGGUGGUUGCCGAGCACCCAGAUGCCUCAGGCGAGGAGAUUGAGGAGCUGCUGGGAUCGCAGUGGGACAUGCUCAACGAGAAACAGAAAGCCCGCUAUAACACCAAGUUCGCCCUGGUGGCCUCCUCCCAGUCUGAAGAAGACUCUGGUAAUGUAAAUGGGAAAAAAAGAAACCAUACAAAGAGGACACAGGACCCUGCUGAAGAGGCUGAAGUUGAAGAUGCACCCAGGAAAAGACUCAGGACCGAGAAGCAUGGUCUUCGGAAGAGAGAGACGGUCAGUGACAAGACAGCCCGAACAAGCUCUUGCAAGGCCACCGAGGCAGCCUCCUCGCUGAAGAGCCAGGCAGCAACGAAACAUCUGUCAGAUGCAUGCAAACCACUGAAGAAGCGAAAUCGGGCAUCUACAGCCGCGUCUUCCACUCCUUUUAGCAAAAGUUCGUCUCCUUCUGCAUCCUUAACUGAGAAUGAGCUUUUAUGGGAGCCCACAUCAGCCAAGUUGGAUUUGAACUCAGCUGCCCUGUACUGCACUUAAAAUGAUGUAAUAUUCCAGGAUGUCUGCUCCAGGUGGUGUAUCGUCGUACACACUAAGGGACAUUCCUAUCACAGUCAUUUUAUGGAAGAUGUGUGAUAAUCUGUUUUUACUGGUAUUACUAACACAUACAAUGAAGAAAACAGAUAACAAAUUUUAAGACCAAGGUAAGAUACCUAAUCAAGGCCAUUUACCUGAUCACAUUCAUCUCAUAAUAGAAACACACUCAUAUUGCAAUGAUCCAUGUAGAUUUCACGUUGAAGGGACGCCCGUCACCGGGGGCUGCCCUGGGCCUGCGACAAGGACUCCGCGCCGAAGGGGCUGGUCUUGCUAGAGGCCACACUUGUCUCCUAGUUCAUGACUUGCCGAGUUUUUAUUGAAAAAUGCUGGCAUCUGCACCUUCAGAAACAGAACAAGCAGCACACACUAAAAGGAGUCCUCGUCAGCUAAUUCCCAUUGCCAAUGGAAUGUACUCAGUACUGUACAUAUUAAACUAAUUUCCAACAUAAAAGGCAGGAGGAGUUUUGAUUCUGUCUUUUUUUUUUACUAAGCAGUUUUACUAUGACACUAGUUACAGCAAAUUUUUAGGAAAAAUAUCAUUUACAGUAUCAUAUGAGCCAUUUAACUCCACUCUUGGUUCAGAGAUUGGUGUCUUGGGGGCACCGCAAUCAGGUUAUUUAUAGUAACCACUUCAUCAGUCGCUCUUGUAGGACAUCAGCCAUCCCAUUAAAUGUCUAAGUCUUGGGUGACCACCUGGUGUCCUACCCCUGGGUGCCCGCAUGUUUGCAUGGUGAGACGCAGGCCUCGCUUGCCCUUUAGCUCGUGGAGGCAGAAGGAGUGCUGUUCACGUUACCAUGUUAACAGCACCCGGUUCAUUCCCAGCAGACUCUUCAGCUGUGUUCUACCCUAAAUGAAAGUUUCUGACUACUACUUGUGUUCUAAACCGUUAAGUAAUGUAACGCAUGUUAAACACUUAGGGUGCCUGGCGCCUUGCAAGGACUCAGUGGUUCACUGUUGUGACAAUAAUGGUUAUAACAAUAAAAAUAAUAAAAUCACCAUCAUUCCAUUUUUAUCCAAAAGUAUAAAUUUUGCUUUGGCAUGAAAAGUGAUCCUCUCGACUGCAUUAUGCACGUGGGGGUAAACUGAAUCUAGAAGUGGCAGACACUGGGCUGGUUUGAGUAGCACUUGAGGGUCUGGCCUGUGCUGAGGGCUCGUUGGGUGGCUCUUCUUGGAGCUGGUGGGAUACAUGGCCUGCGAGGUGGCCCAAGUCAUGCUGUUCCUAAAAGACCUUGAAAAAGUUCAGGAGUAAAUGUAGGGGUCACAGAAAACUAAUUAUUUUAUUUAAAAAUGUGAAAAAAGGUCAUGUAAGUGGUCCAGUUCAAGAAACGAUCACCCCAAGUAGAGACUUGCCUGUAAGGCUUUUGACAAGAAUUCAUUUGAAACUAUAGCAUGAUGAAUUUUGAGUGGGCGGCCAGCCAGCUACCAACAUGCAUUAGGCACCUUAGAAGUUAGCCAGAGAGCAGUUGCUUUCCUCCGUAGGAAGAACUGUCAAAAUGGCUGUAUGGUAUAUCCUCUAGGCAGCCUAAAAUUAGCAUCAGCGAAGUACAUAGGAGGGCAUGGGGUGGGGACAAGGAUGGGGGAGUAUGCAGUGUUUCUCAACUGGGGGAGGCAUCUUCCUCUGCUGGGGGAUAUUGGGAAGGUGGUGAGGUGCAGGUAGUGAGAGGGACAGUUCCACAGGCGGCAGAAUUGUCCUCCAAAUGCCAGCAGUGGUCUUGCUGGGGAAUGCUGGUGGAUGAGCAGAGCUCCCGAGAGGGCCCACCCAUGGCUUCCUGAAGGUGAGUGGAAAGGGCUUCUGUUUGGAAAGAGCUUAGUGACAAGUAAGUUUUGUCUGCCAAGAGCACAAAAAUUCAUUAUGCUACUAAUUUAACAUGAAUUCCCUCAUUUCCUAGGGAGGUCAGAAUAACAUUGAUACAUUCUAGUCUUGUCCUUUGAACCGCCUGUUGUUGAAGUGACUUUGGCUUAGACAUAGAAUCACUGUAGCGGUUCCAUUUACGUGCUGCAAACUGUCUGCCAUACACCGCAUUUGUGUCUGGUGAGGGGAGAUAGGAACAAGAAGGAACUCUCUAGUAUAAAACAUGAGCCUUUCACAAGGGGGUGAAAACUUGUCCGAGUAUACAACAAUCUACAUUUCACUGUUCUAAAACUGAAAAUUCCCCACUGUGUUGGGGGCACAUUAAGUGCACCUAUUAGCGGUCGGGGUCCCGCACUGUUUACCCACCUGCUGUGGGCUUCUGUGUCCCCUGUGGGGCCUUUCUUUGGAGUUGGUACAGAAGUUAAAUGUCUGUCUCUGAUGGUGUUGAAUCUAGGUGUACUAGCAUCAGUACUCUCUUUAUACAAUGUAUCUGUUCUAUCUCUGUCUCCCAACUGAAAAUAACCUGUGUUUUUUAAGAGGUUGCUCCUAAAAACCACCAAGAAAUCAAGGCCAAUUCUCAUGGCACGGAAGCACAGUUUCAUGAACUAAGGCCACGGGUGUGUGCAGUGUGCGUGGAGGGGUCGUCUGUCUCACCUCCUCCAAGAAAGUUCAUCCUGCUCCAUUAGUGUUCUCUGUGAGGCUACCCCAGCUCUAGAUGGGUCUGAGCCCAAGUGUUUCUCUGGAAGUUCAUGCAGAAGCACAGAAAGGUUUAAAAUGAGGUGUCUAGGGUUUGAGGAGUGGUGAUAAGGGUGGUGCCAUUUCAAGAGGUUUCUUUUGUUGGGGGUGUUACCUGCUUGCUCGCACUAGAGGAGAGGAUGCAGGAGACUGUACGGAACCUGAACUGACUUAGCAGCAAGGUCAGCGUUCCGAGGGAUCUCUUUGGCCAGAGUUGAGGGCAGAGUGGGGCCAGCAUUUGCCCAGGGGCAGAGACUUGAAUACCACCGAAGGUCUGUCUUAGCAGUGUCCCCAACAAGGAAUGAAAGUAAGAUUGUAAAUUAGCAUCUUCUAGUUUACCAAAACCAAAAAUGCACCCACGAAUGGGUGUAAAAUUAAAGUGAUAAAGAAAUGCCCUCAAAGAGGGUUCUUGGCCAAAGCCUGACGUGAGUGGGUGUGGGGCCCUGCUGUGGCCAAUGACGAGCUGUGAUUCUGUGCGUCAUUUCAGUAAUAGUGUGAGCACACUUCCAUGAAGCCCUCCAUUCAGUUAGCCUGGCAGAAAGGGGAGGCUCGGCGAGGGCGUCCUUGGUAAUUUAGCGGCCCCGUGUGGGGCCGAGCUGGCAAGGAGGCUGGGCUCCUGUCUGAAAGGGCAGACACCUGUACUUUGGCCAGUGGACUGGAUUCCUUUCUUGCUUGAUUUCUGACCUAAUGUUUCUCCAUCAUGUCUAGCCCUUUAGAUGAUUAACUCAUUUUGAAGGUGGUUCUGGUCCAGGUAGAUCUGUGUGUGACCUGGUGAGGGCUCUUUAUACUUGGUGCCAGGCUGUAGUUCUACAGGCUUUUUACAGUCCAUACCUUCCUCUCCGGUUUCGAAAAUCUCUAAACAGAGAGUGAUUGCUGAAGCCUGCUGUUUAUCUUGCAGAAUAUGAAUCUGAGUGAGACUCUUUUGCUAAAAGAAUUGAAUCUCGUUAGAAAAUAGUUCACAAAAUGCUCCCUAAUCUGUUACUGGCUUCUUACUGACUCUUAAAGAUUCUUUUUCCCUUUUUCUCUUCUUUUCCUUUUUAAGAAAUAUACUGACUUCUAUGCAUUUUGGAAUUUUUGGUCAGUGACCUCGAUUUUGAUCCCUUUAAGUACAGUUUUUGCUGUUUUACCUAGAAUUAGAAAUUACCACUAAUCAACUUGCCGCUGAUGGAUGAUCAGCCAUCCUCAGCAGAUAGAAGGUGGUGUGUACUAUACUCAUCAUUCUCCUUAUACUGCCUGGGGGAGGGGCAUGCUCCUUUCUAGGCAUUUUCACCAGCAAGGGCCAGCGUCCCACAAUGUCAGUUUAAGAAUCUGACAGGCCUUGUCGUCAUGUUAGAGACCUUUGUGACUAACAUAUUGACUUUAUAACUUUUUCUGGACUACGUGUAGCUGUUGAGUUUUGGCAUAAAACUCUGAUAUUGAUGUUAAAGCGUGCUAACCAUUCAGGCAUGUUGUACCUUUAAGGAAUGACCGAAGUGUAGGGGUGGGGUGGCCCAGUCCAGUGGGGGUGUGGGGUUGGGGUUUGCUCAGCCGUGAGGCAGGGGCUUCAUUCCUGUUUUCACCUGGCCACAGGGAGAGCACAACUUGUCUCUUGGAGCAGGCCAGCCCAGGCCCCUCCCCAGCCCACUCUCUAUGGGAUGGCCACUGCUGUGGGACAUAGCUGGGGCAAAGUUGGGUUGAUAGGAUAUUUCAGAGACUCAUUUUACCCAUGAUCAGGGCCAGCCUUGAAUCUGGAGCAGCAGUCACAUGGCCUGAUGCUGCGGCUGUGGUCAGCCACUUGGCUCUCACGGGGCUAUCGGACAACACAGAAGCACCCAGGUUAGAAGGUGAAGCACAAAGACGGUGUGUGAGCUGGAGGUCUGUGUGUUCAAUGACACAGACCUAGCCCUAGAAUUUAGGGGCAGCUAGGACGGUUGUAGUUGAUGUCAUCUAGAAGGGUUGCUCUAAUAAACGUUAUUCUGAACUGUAGUGUUUUAGGUGAUGAAUGACUGAUUUAAAAAUUAUUUUAAUUCCACUCAAUAUUUCACUGUGAUGUUAACUUGGAGGACCUGUCUGAGGUUAGUCUUGAUUUUAAGCUCCUUAAAUCUGUUGGGCACAGGAUAUUGAUCAUGUGUAAAUCCAAAAUACUGUGUGAAAGUGCUUAUAGUUAUUUCUUCCUUGACAAAAGCGUAACUUAAACAUGAAAAUAAUGUUGGUUUAUAGAAAUAUUUAUUGUUCAAGGUCUGUAAUUGUAUUUCAAAAAUUAUGUGGUAUUCAAUUUGUGAAGGGAUUUGUUUUGUCAAAAAAUUUUUACAAUCACUGUGUAUACCACUGUCCGAGGCAUAGGGCCCCUUUCCCAUCACAGCAGAGAGGACUGGGAUCCACAUAAGUCACCCUAAAUGGCUAUAUUGUUGCUAGAAGUUGGUUCAAAUGUGUUCACUAGGUUACCUUAUGUUCAUUAAUAUCAUCUUGAAAACUCCCUGUGAUACAUGUUAAGGAGACAGCAGUCCCUGCCCAUAAAGUAAUGUAUUUGUAAGGCAAAUAGGCAAUUGGAUACUAUCACAUAUUAAGUGGGGAGUAGAGGAAGUAUUUUCAGACUCAAGAAAACUUUGAAAAGUCAGGAACUAAGCUGCUUGGAGAUCUGUGCUGCCAGCGUGGCUUUGGUGGAUUCGGGAAGCGCCGGGAAAGUUCUUGACAGAGUCUGUGUCCGUUCAGUUACUCCAUUGUUCUUUUUCCAAAUGCAUCCUACUGGAUAUGGAAUAGACUGUAGAUGUCGUAGACUGAGAGUUGGGACUGUGUUGGGACCAUUCGGGUGAAUGUGUCGCUUUCACAAACGGCAUCUCCGAGUAAGUACUGUCACCUGGUGCACGUGGAGCCUGCAGCUGGAGUGAGGCGCGCCGGUGUGGUGCCCUGCGCACUUUGCUCCUCUUGCGGGUGGUGUGCUGAGCGCAGAGCCGUUGGAUCCCUCCGACUGUGUGCUAGUUGUCUGUCCGGUCGCUGGGAAGGGGUUGGGCGGGGCGAAAGUCGUGAUCUGCCGCAACCUGUGUCAUGGACUGUAAUAUUGUAAGGUCUGUAUUCUGUAUGUGUAUCUUAGACCCCAAGCAGGAAACAAGCCUCAUGUGUGUCUUUAACAUUUAUAUUUCCAUUCAAAAUAUGUAUUCAGUGUUGAUUUCCUCAAAACAGACUUUGUUAAUUUAGGAAAUAUCUCCAAGUGGAAACGUGCUUUUUCUGUAAAUCUUAAAUAAAAGGUGCUGUUCCUUUCUUUGA